AUGAGUGCGGCGCCACCACCGGAUCUGCGCGACGGCUGCGAGCGCGACGUACUACUUGCGCACGACGCGCUGCCCGUCUACGCCCCGACGCCCGUCCAAUUGCCUCAUGUGACCGAGCGAUCGACCUUUGACUGGCUCUUGGGCGUGUCAUUUCUCGUGAUCGUUGCGCUCAUUUGGACGUUUGCCAGCGUCUUGGUGCAGUACAUUUUCCACACGUUGAGCUUCCAAGGCCCGUUCUUCCUCACGUACGUCGGCAUGUCCCUCUUCUCGAUCAAUUUGCCACUGUACUACGCUUCGCAGGUGCUGCUGCCGCGACUCCACGCGUGGGUCCACGGCCUAUCGACGUGCAGUGCACUCGGCCAUCGGGAACUGCUGCGACGCUCGAGCCGGCAGGCGAGCUACAGUCAGAUCUUCUGCAUGAGUGCGAUCGUUUCACCUCUGUGGUUCAUCGCCAACGUCACGUACAAUGAGAGUCUGAACCUCACGAGCGUAUCGAGCAGCACGAUCGUGAGCUCGACGUCGACGGUGUUUACGUUCUUGCUGAGUGUUGUGGCCCUGAAGGAGCCUUUUGUCUGGACAAAGCUGGCGGGCGUCAUGCUCUGCAUGGCCGGUAACAUCUCGACGAUCAUGAACGACGAAGGGACGCAUAGUGGCACGGACCAUGUGCUCGGCGAUCUGGUGGCACUGUUCGCCGCCUUUAUGUACGGCGUGUACACGACGACGAUCCGUCGCUUGAUUCCCGACGAAGAGAGCGUGAGCAUCUCGCUGUUUUUCGGCUUCAUCGGUGCGAUCAAUAUGGUGUGUCUACUACCAAUCGUCGUGGUCUUACACUACUCGAGCAUUGAGUCGCUCAGUGGCUUAUCACUCGAGAUCGUACUGCUCAUCAUUGUCAAGGGUCUCUUUGACAACGUGCUCUCGGACUACCUAUGGGCGCGUGCCGUGUUGCUUACCUCGCCGACUGUGGCGACCGUCGGGCUUUCGCUCACAGUCCCGCUGGCUAUCGUGGCUGACUUUUGGUGCCACGGGAUGCUGCCAACCUACGUGACGCUACUCGCCUCUGCGCUUGUCAUCUCUGGUUUUGUGCUGAUCAACAUUGGCACGAAGCAAAAGCAGCACGAGUACCACCCGCAGCGCUCUACGGACCGCUCCGUGAAAGCUCCUGGCUCGUGCUCGCGCAGCAACAGGACUAGUGGACUUAGUGAAUAG